CUCUGGCCCAUAAUUGAAUUUUUCUCUAAUUAUGAUCUAAUUUUCUCCUCAAAUACCCAAGAGGCCAAGACCAAUCACCUCCAUACUAGUUAAAACUUUUAAGAUUUAAUAAACUUUUGUAUUAAGAAACUGCCAUUUUUCCCGGGUAUAAAAGAUCCGUCAUGAGCCGGCAGCCUCACUCUCGCCGCGCUCGCUCUCCUCCUGUCAGCGAUUUCUGUUCGAUAUUCAUAUUGAGCCGAGGUCAUCAUCAGCGUGGUGCUUCUAUCGAUUUCCCAAGUUUGAGAAAUCUUGUUCGAGUGAGUUGUUGACAGGUCUCAAUUGGCCUAAGGAUCCAUUUGUUCUAUUUUGCCUCUCUCUCUCUCUUUGCAAAAAGGAAAAGGGAAUGCUGAUGGGCGUUGUUUUAUUGAAACAGUAGGCCUACUCCUACUGCUUGCCUUGUCAAUUACUCGCUCAGUUUUGACAGCCGCAGAAGGAAACGAAAAUCUGGGUUGCUCUUCUCAAUCAAUCAAAUUGUCGAGGAAGGGCGCUGCGUGCAUGUCAUCAAAAGAGACUUGGGUGAGCCAGACAUAAUUGUCAGGGAGCUAUUGCGGCCUGGGGGCUAUCUGAAAUUGAUUGAUUUGGUUCUUGAGGACCAACAGAUGGAGUUCGUCAGCCCUGAAGAUCUUCGUUUAGAUGGUCGUCGUCCCACGGAAAUGAGGCAAAUUCGAGCAGAGAUUGGUGUUGUAGCCAAAGCCGACGGUUCUGCUAUGUUUGAGAUGGGUAACACCAAAGUUGUUGCUGCUGUUUAUGGCCCUAGAGAGGUCCAAAAUAGGAGCCAACAGCUGAAUGCCAAUGUGUUGGUGCGAUGUGAAUACACCAUGGCAAAUUUUAGUACCGGAGAUCGGAUGAGAAAACCGAAGGGUGAUAGGAGAUCCACAGAGAUAUCUCUAGUUAUUCGCCAAACCAUGGAAGAAUGCAUUUUGACAAACUUAAUGCCUUGGUCUCAGAUAGACAUUUUUGUGCACGUUCUCCAAGCAGAUGGAGGAACUAGAUCUGCAUGUAUCAAUGCUGCAACCCUGGCCCUUGCAGACGCUGGAAUUCCAAUGCGGGAUAUCGUUACUUCGUGCAGUGCUGGGUACCUUAAUAGCACACCUCUACUUGAUUUAAACUAUAUAGAAGAUAGUGCUGGAGGCGCUGAUGUCACUUUAGGAAUUAUGCCGAAGUUGGACAAAGUGACUCUUCUUCAGAUGGAUGCUAAGUUGUCGUUGGAUACUGUUGAAAAUGUAAUGCAACUUGCAAUCGAAGGCUGCAAGGCAGUUGCAGAUUACAUUAGAGAAAUAUUAUUGGAGAACACAAAGCAAUUGCAGUAUCGUCGAGGAACAUAGUUUCAUAGCAUGGAAAAUCUCUCUACAUGGCACACUAGAAGGUGCAUCAUAUCCCAGUUCUGGGACUGACCCAAGCCGCGCUUCAACAGUUGUCAGGGGAGCACCAACAGUUCCAAUCAUAGGAUGAACAUUGCCAAGGGACGUAAAACACCCACCACAGCUUUCAGUAAGGCCUACACGAUUUAACAAACUGAUGAAAUUUAGUUCUCUUCGUUUUUAUAUAUAUCUGGUUCUGAUGUGUUGUGGUAGCUGAUUUAGAAACUUGAGGUCAUUUGAAUGAGUACCAGAAAAGCAUUCAUACUGACAUCUCAUAGGUCAAACACAUAUACCAUGAAAUCAUGAAUACUUAACCUUGUACAAUUUUCUUGAUCUUCACUAUGAUUUAACUGAUUCAAGUAAUAUUAUUUGUAUCUAUUCAUUAUGUU